AUGUACAUUUUUGACUUUAGAGUUCGAUUUGCUAGUGUGAACGCGGCCUUAACUAGCACCCUGAAUCCCGCGCCCCGCGCCAUCCCCGCAACGCCCCCGCGUUUGACUACAUCCCUGGCCGUCGCUGUUCCCGCCCUCAGUGCGGCUGGAGAGUUCAAGCCGCCCUCUCGUCUGCAAGCACAACUCAGAAAUAUGGCGCGCUCCGCGCCAAGAUUCACGAGAUCCGGGGCCUACUUUGAAGGCAAGGAGAGAUUCCUUAUAAGACUUCAAGAAACCGACAAACAAAGCGAACACUUCAGAACAAGGGCUGAAAUUGAUUUAAUGAUAACUGACAUCAUUGACAAGAAACCACAAUUAAGUCCAUAUGUCGUACGGAAAGAAGAUGGAAUAUUUAAAUUACUCGUUAAGGGUAAUUUAGAAGUGAACAGUUCUAAAGUUGACGUCCUCGUCGAAGUCAUUGCUGAUGACGACAUUUACGACUAUGUGAUGGUGGAGCACUUGAAAAACGACCAUGCUUCAGCUAACAAAAUUUAUGAAAAAUUUAAAUUAAGAUACGCUAUAUCACAAUACAUCAUAGAGCUAGUGAUAGAGCAAUGCUUGAAAUGCGCCGUGAGUCUCGCUUCAGAUUCGUCUGAAGAGUUUGAGACUCCCCUCAGGAAGGGAGUUGGGGAAUGGCGCAUAAGCAUCAUCAAUGUGGGACAUCUGGAAACCAUAUCUAACCCAGAUGACUACGAAAUACUUUGUAUCACGGAUACAGAAACACGAUUCACGAUCCUGCGUCCGAUAAUGGAUCACUCCAAAAACUGCUUAUACAAGAACUUUGAUUCCAUAAUCAUGGAAUAUGGGUUCCCAGUGAAGAUUCAGGUGCCGGAAAAGCUGAAAUUUCUGCGGCACCUCAUGGACCAAAUUUGGUCCCGCCGAGAUAGUCCGAAAAUAAGAGUGGCGAUGGAAGUCAGACAUGACUAUGACUUCGCAGAAGAUAAGGAGAGGUGCGAAGUGGCGUUGAUAUCCUGGGCUGCUGAGGCGGAUGACAAGCUGCUGUCCAUUGGGUGCGCGUGCGUGGAGUACUGCCUGAACGUUACCAGGGAGACGUUCAGCAACCCGGACGGGACGAUGACCUGCACCACACCGAUGACCAGAUUCUACCGCCGCAAACAAGCGUGGGACCACGAGUACUCUUAA